AUGGAGGCUAUCAGGCGCUUGCUAAUCGCCAACCGCGGCGAAAUCGCUGUUCGAAUAUGCAAGACUGCAAAGCAACUCGGCAUCCACACUGUCGCCAUCUACACAUCGCCCGACGCAGCGUCACUUCACGUCGCCAAUGCCGAUGAAGCUGUGCUUCUGUCAGACGACAAAAGCUAUACAGAUGGUGAUCAAAUCAUUUCUAUCGCCAAAGCACAUUCGUGCGAUGCCAUUAUUCCCGGAUAUGGCUUCUUGUCAGAGAAUGCUGCCUUUGCCAAGUCCGUGACGGAUGCUGGAAUGGUGUGGGUUGGUCCAGGUCCAGUAGCCAUCCGAGCGUUCGGCAUCAAACACAUCGCUCGUGAUCUUGCCAAAGAGAGCGGCGUGCCAAUCGUUCCCGGGACCGCUGGCCUAGUAGAGACUGCCGAUGAUGCACUGAGGGAGAGCGAAGCUAUUGGAUUCCCUGUCAUGCUGAAAAUUACGGCAGGCGGUGGCGGUAGUGGACUUAUCACCUGCAAGAACGCCAGCGAGGUCAGAGAUGGCUUUGCUACAGCAAAAUCGCGAGGAGAAGCUCUCUUCAAGGACAGCGGAGUCUUCAUCGAGAAGUACUACCCUGAGAGCCACCAUAUCGAAGUCCAAGUCUUUGGCAACGGACAAGGUCAAGUCAUCAGUUUCGGAGAGCGCGAGUGCUCGAUCCAGCGCAGACACCAGAAGGUGAUAGAGGAGUGCCCAAGUCCGUUCGUCACGCAACAUCCCGAAUUACGAGAGAAGCUGUGCAAGGCCGCAGUAGCAUUGGCGGAGACGAUACAAUAUGCUUCAGCCGGGACUGUGGAAUUCCUCGUGGACGACAAGACCGCCGACUUCUUCUUCCUCGAAAUGAACACCCGGCUGCAGGUCGAACACCCUAUCACCGAGCUAUGCUACCAUGUUGAUUUGGUGGAACUGAUGCUCAAGCAAGCCGAUGCGCAACUGGCAGGCAAAGGAGGGUUGACGGCUGAGUACCUGACGUCUUUGCAGAGGUCCGGUCCGUUUGGCGCUGCCAUUGAAGCAAGAGUGUACGCUGAGAAUGUGCUUCGCGACUAUGCUCCUUCGCCAGGUCUAUUGACCGAAGUUCAUUGGGAAGAGCUCCAAAACAGUCGAAUUGACAGCUGGGUCCGGACAGGUCUGAGAAUCUCUCCCAACUAUGAUCCCUUGAUCGCAAAGGUCAUCAACCAUGCAAAGACUCGCGAUGCUGCUAUCAAAGGCAUGAAUCUGCUGCUUUCACGGUCAAAGGUCUCAGGUCCGCCGAACAAUCUGGACUUCCUAGCCGCCAUAAUGCAAGACGAGAACUAUCAAUCAGGUCGAACGAUCACGUCCUUCCUCAAGACUUUCGACUACACUCCGAAUGUCAUUGACGUUGUGUCAGCAGGGGCAUAUACUCUGGUGCAGGACUUGGUCGGCAGGCCCUCUGUUGGUAAAGGGAUCCCAAGAAGCGGUGCCAUGGAUCCUGUGGCACUCUCAAUCGCCAACUUGCUCGUCGGAAAUGACCGAGCUCGAGAAGGGCUUGAGAUUACAUUAUCUGGUCCUGAACUGAUCUUCAAAGGCUCAGCCGUAGUCGCACUGACCGGAGCGCCCAUCGAAGCCACGCUUGACAACGAUCCAUUUCCCAUGUGGCACAGAAAGCACAUCAAGCCAGGUCAAAAGCUCACCAUAGGACGCACAACAGGCGGCGGUUGCCGUAGCUACCUUGCAGUCUAUGGCGGCUUUCCCCCAGUGUCCGAUUACUUUGCCAGCAAAUCAACCUCGCCGAUCGUUGCAAUCGGUGGGUACCAAGGAAGGCAGCUGGCGCCGGGAGACCAGUUAGGCUUGUCCACAUCUUCGCCAAAGCACCUUGAGGGUCACCCGAGCAUUCCCGACAGCCUACGUCCGGCGUAUUCGAAUCAUUGGGAACUGAUAGCUCUGCCUGGACCUCAUGAGGAGGGCUAUCUGACUCCGGAAGAUAUCGAGAUGCUGUACAGCACUGACUGGAAAGUCUCACAUAAUGCAAGUCGAAGCGCCAUACGGCUUGUAGGCCCUGAGCCAAAGUGGGCCCGAUCUGAUGGCGGAGAGGGAGGAUCUCAUCCUUCGAACCUAGUCGAGUAUGGUUAUUCUGUGGGGAGUUUGAACUGGACAGGAGACGAAGGCUGCAUCUUUGCCAUGGACGCACCCAACUUUGGUGGCUUUGCAAGCUCGGCCACAAUCGUUCGAGCAGAUUACUGGAAGAUGGGACAGCUGAAGUCUGGUGAUACGUUGCGCUACAAACGUGUGACAUUGAAUGAGGCGCUUCAGCUACGGCAACAUCAGGCCAACUACAUUGACGGUAUUGAAGACGCCAUCUCCAAGGGGCACUUUGAAGACGUGCCUAAAUUUGAGCCGGGCUUCCAACUUUCUGGCCAAUAUCAAGCAGCAGUCCUCUGGGAACGCCCAGCAACCUCAACCAGCCCACAAGUCCGCUAUCGUCAGGCAGGUGACGACUACAUCCUCGUAGAUUAUGGCAACGAGCAAUUCGACCUCAAUUACCGCUGUCGAGUCACCGCCUUAGAGAAAGCCUUACACUCGCCAGACGCACCAGCCUGGUGGAAAGACAAUCUCGUGACCACAGUCGGCUGCUGCACCAGCAUCACGCUCUGCUACGAUGGCGCCAAAGUCCCUCGCGAUCACCUCAUCAAGCACCUACAAACUCUCGAAGAACAGAUCGGUGACCUGAGCAUGGCGAAGGUGCCGUGCCGUCGCUUCAGGCUCCCGCUGACGUUCGAGAGUCAGGAGCAAUUUGAGGCGACGAAGCGCUAUAUGGAGACGCAGAGGCCGCAGGCGCCCUAUCUGCCGGACAACCUGGACUUCGUGGCGAAGAACAAUGCCUUCACCGCUGAGCAGCUGAAACACAACAUGCUUAAUGGUGAUCUUAUGGCCGUUGUUGUAGGGUUCUUCUGCGGGAAUACAGUCUCGUUGCCUGUGGAUCCGAGGCAUCGCAUGGCGUGUCCGAAAGCUAAUCCUUCCCGAGUCUUCACUCCGGAGGGGACAUUUGGCUGGGGAGGAUCCUGUGCUAGUAUAUAUCCUGUUGACUCGCCAGGCGGUUAUCAGAUGCUCGGACGCACGAUUCCAUGCUUCGACUACUACGGCUUCAAGGCUGGCUUCUCUCCAGAACGUCCUUGGUUGUUCCAGGACUUUGACAUCCUGACCUUUUACGAGGUCAGUGAUGAAGAGUUCAAGCGCUUGUUGGGUCUCUUCAGAUCCGGCCAAUAUCAGUUCGAGUGGCAUGCGGACGAAUUCGAUAUGGCUGAGCACAACAAGCUGCUCGCGGAGACUGAAGCCGAAGUGCGCGACAUUCGAGCCAAGCAGCGGCAGGUGCAGCAGAAGAUGAUCGAGGCGGAGAAAGAAUCCCUAGAGAAGUGGCGUGCGGACAAGUUGAAGAACAAGCCCGACGAGAGUACUGUUGAGUCGCUUUUGCAGGAUCCAGAGAUUGUCGCAGUCGAGGCUCCUGUUGAUGCCAAUGUGUGGAAGGUGGAGGUCAAAGAAGGCGACGAGGUCAAAGCCAAGCAAUUGGUUUCUAUCCUCGAGGCUAUGAAGCUAGAGAUCAGUGUAAAUGCAUCGGAGAGCCUAGUUUCUUCCGCGAGAGUCGAAAAAGUGUUGGUAGAGCCUGGAGAUACAAUCAAGGCAGGAGGAAAGAUCGCGUUGCUGCGUGUAUCAGCAGCAUGA